UCAGACAGAAAAUGAAGAAGAGGGGUAUAAAAGAGAUGGCUGUGGGAGAAGUCUCACCGAUACCGUUGAAACCAAUACUGGCUAGAACGCGGUCUGCUAAGAGACGUCCACAGCGGACAGUACGAGCCCAAACACCGCAAAAGGCUGCUCCUGUAUCGGGCUGCCUGUGGAGUUUAGGGGACUCUCGACAGAACGUGUGGAGCCGGGCGGCUCGAUUAACUGACGAUUCUGAUGUUGAAGAAAUUGAGGAACUGGACACUUGUUUAAUGUCAUACGGCCAAUUACAGAAUGAACACAAUGGAGGUUCAACUGAAGGAAGCAAUUCUGAGAGACUACCGAGCUCUUCCUCUCUCGAAGACAAGUACAGCUCUUCCGAUUCCAAACAGUCAGUAAAAUAUUGA